AUGAACAAUGAUAAUAGUUUAGAUAAUCUAUAUAUUAACAAUGGUUCUUCUUUUAAUGAUCUUUCUCCUAAUGAUCAGGAUACAGGAGCUGGUGUACACUUUGCACCAAAUUCCUAUACAUAUUCUCCAAUAUAUCAAUCUCCUAAAAUAGUACCUCACAAUUCACCUUCUAUGCCUUUAAUUUCAACAAAUAUUCCAUUUAUAUCAACUUCAACUUUAACAAAUAUUCCAUUGAUAAGUUCAUCAUCAUCGACCCAUAAGGACAAACAAUCCUCUGUUAAGUUGGAUGACUCAUCUCCUUUUAAUUUUGAAGGCCUACCUGAGAAAACAAUACCUAAUGAUCCUCAAAUUCAACAAGGCCAUAGUGCAUGUGAUUGCUAUCAAAGGGAUAACAAUAAUAAUUUUGGCAAUAAUAAUCAAAGAAAAGAAAAUUUUCAAUAUAAUAACAAUAACCAAACCAACAAUAAUAAUUAUCAACCAUCAAAAAAUAACUCUCAAUCACAAUCAUCUUCAAAUAAACAAAAACCUCAAUCUAUAUAUUAUACCCUUUCUGCUGAGGAGUUACAAAACUUUGUUCAAAACUCAGCAUAUAAUUAUAAUAAUAAUCAAUUAUCUAUCUUAAAGGACAAUAAUUCUAAUUUUAUUAACAAUCAAAAUCAGUUUAAAUCAGCACCCUCACUGAUUUCUACUAAUAAACAACCAAAACUCAAGGAAGCUAUGAAUAUAGUUUACUGUAAUGCCAAUGUUAAUAAAACUCUAUUUUAUUUAAUUCUGGAUACAGGAUCACUUACAAGAAUUAUUAAUAAUAUACCUCUUCAAUUAUCUGAUAUCACUAUUCCUAUUGAUGUGGAAGUAAAUAAUGCCCAAGAUUAUGCUAUAAUUGCUAGAGUCAGUUGGCUUAACAAACUACAAUAUAAUAAUGGUGAGUCUAUUUCUUUAAAAAUUCUCUUUGAGUCUAAUGACUCAAAUAAUCAAACUUUAGUUGUUGAAACUCAUAAAUAUAGAAAUUCUAAUGAAAAACCUAUACUUAAAAUCAAUAAUACCCAAGUUAAAUACCAAAAUGAAUCUUUUGAUAACUAUAACUUUCAUUCUGAGCAAGCCAGUGAUUCUUGA